CGUCACGGCGGCGGGUUCUGAACACGGCUGUCCACCGUAGGGCCGCCGUGUGUCCCUUCCAACACCUGCGGGCUGGAGGGAGCGCUGCGCACAGCCUUCUGUCUGUACGUCUCCGUCGGUCCUUGUCCGCCUUAACCUGCACCGGGUCUCAGGGAGCAACCUCCUCCGCGAUCUCGUCUCUGAGGCCCUGGCCGGAGGCUAGAGGUGGCCCGCCCGGCUGUCGCCCCCCGCGCCCGCGGAGCCCACUGCCCGCGGCCUCGGCGGGACGAUGCUGGAGUCCAUUCGCGUGACGGAAAAGCUUCACUGGCCUGAGCAAGAACUUGCUAAGAAGUCUAUUCUCAAUGCAGAAGAGUCACUGAUCAUUGACAGCAAAAGAAGCAUUUCACAUUUGUCCCCUGGAAUACUAAAGGACAUUUUCACAACUGGAACCAGUAGUUACAAUGUCCUCCUACAGAGCAAAGAGGAGAAAAAGCAUCAUGCUCAAAAGCAGUCUUCCUCCUACUCCAAAAGAUGUAGGAAGCCCAGCAAAGCUCCUAGCUCCUCUCGUAGUAAAGACCUUCGCAAGAUGAAAGGCCCAGUGCCGGCGAUGAGCAGUGGCACUUGGUACUGCCUAGAGAGGCAGCCUGCUGUUUUUGUCACUAGUUCAGUGUCAAAUCCUGUAAAGUUUACACAUGAUAUCUCUGUUACAGGGAACAGCAUAGUACUGCCACCUAAACCCAAAACCAAGGUCAAGCGACGCCAUUUCUCCACUCUUCCAAAGCCAAAGCUGCAGCCACAGCCUCAGCUGUCUAGAAGUUUUGAAAAAGGAGAUGACUUUUCUGGAAAGAGGUUUUGUAUACUGACUGCUAUAAAGCCCACCAACCUGGAGAAAGAAAAGCUGAGAUUCUUCAGGUCUGACUAUACCUACAAUCCUCAGUUUGAAUAUGCCAAUCCUUCUCUGCCAGGUGUGUUAGCCAGGCACAGCAACGCAUCUGACCGAUUUCUGAAGCAGUCCAUCAAUAUUAUGGAGCUGACUUUACAGAAGUAUGGAAGUUAUGAGAAAUUUGAACAGGCCACUGGUGGUAGCCUGCUGUCUAAGACUCGAAUCUGGAGCCAUGUCAGGAAGUACAUGAUGAAGGAAGGCUGCAUGGGCGAGAUUGUGGUUCAUCUCACCGAGGACCUGCUCUCCCGAGCAUCCAUGACAGUCGUGAAUGGGUGUCCCACACUGACCAUCAAUGUGUCCACUGCACGCGAGCACUGGCUGGAAGGGAUGCUGAGACACGAGAUAGGCACGCAUUAUUUUCGAGGUAUUAACAACCUUCAGCAGCCAUGGAACAGUUGGACUGGCCGUAAAAAACAUGAGCUGAAGCCAAACAAUCCCACGGAGGAAGGACUGGCGAGUAUUCACAGUGUCCUGUUUAGAAAAGACCCCUUUUUAUGGAGGGCCGCCCUCCUCUACUACACUGUUUAUCGAGCCAGCCAAAUGUCUUUCUGUGAACUCUUCCGAGAUAUCGGGAAGUUUGUCAAGGACCCCAAUACAAGAUGGGAUUACUGUGUACGAGCCAAGAGGGGCUGGACUGACACUUCCCAACCAGAAAUUGACCCAUCUUCCUUUUUUCAGGUUUCCUAUGAAGAUGUGGAUCGCUUAAAAGGAUUGGCAGUUACUGAAAACAUGAGGGUCCCUCACUUCCUACAGGACCAUGGCCGAUACAUGGAACACUUGGAGAAGAUCAUGGAAGUGAAUGAACUGAGCGACAGGGAACUGAGAGAUCUCAUAUAUUAAUUAGCGUUCUUGCAAACCCGGCUAACCUGUACCUCUGUGUAUAGUACCAAUUAGGUGCACUUAGCACAAGCAGAUUUAUAAAAGAAUGACUGUUUACAUGAGUUUUCUGAAGAAUGAUCUGCAGUAUUCAGCUGAAUCUUUAGGUUAAGUACAAACCUUAAAUUCUUUCCCUAAAAUGUUUCCACAGGCUGCAAGGGAAAGUUACCUGUUUUCAUCUAAGUCAGAUGAAAAUACUACUGCUAAGUGUUUUUGAAGAAUCUUGGUCAAACUGAGUGAUAACCUUCUGCCCGAGCACCAAGACCAGCUUCACCUAGAGAUUGAAUUCCAGUGCUAUUCCAACUCCAAGGUUAUAGUUUAUUCGAUAAGUAUAGUAAUUGUUCUCCUUUAAAAAUUAGUUUUGUUAAUGCCCCCCCAAAAAAACUAGCUAUAUCUAAGAUUCCAUAUUUCUCUUAUGUUAAGUAAUGAUAAGGGGGGAAUAAUUUGAAAAGUCUUCAUUAGUUCUUUAUUUUACAGAUUAUUAUUUCACCCUACCAGUUUAUAGGAACUAAAUUAGAGAAUUAUCUCAUUUUGUCCAGUUAUCCCUUCACUAAACUCUGUUUCAUUUGCUGAAACACAAUUGUACCACUUCAAAUUUAACCAAGUUUUAAGUUAAACUUUCCUUCUCUAUUCCUUUAUAUAAAUGGUAAGUAUAAGUUCCAGAGAAGUUUGUCUACAUAAAUUAAAAAGUAGUUGGGGAAGAGAGGAGCUACUCAUUUUUUUAUUAAGUGGAUCAACAAACAGGAUGGAUAGACUGAUCUACUUCAUGUACGAGCUGCAUGUUAACUGGGUAGCACCUACAGCAAACUUGACCAUGCUCAGGAAAAUGAAAUUUCUGGACAUUGCCCUUGAUAAACUGGCCUUGUGAUAUUGGCUCAGUCUGAUUUUCAAAAUCUUUUGAGUCCAUCAACCCAAUAAUGACAGAGUUUGAAUUUCAAAAAUGAGAUUUUUGUUUUGCUACCAUUCUCCUGCUAAAAGCUUAUACACCUAGCUUUAUAAUUUAUCACUUUUGAUAUAUAAUUGCAUAUAUAUAUAUGUAUACUUGUGAUGAAAUGGUUCUUUAUACAAUGUAUUUUGAUGAGAAAGAAUACUGCCAUAAACACCCCAUUCAAAAUUGCUACUGUAAUUUCUAUCCAAAGCUAUCUGAGAGUUCCUCUUUACCUCAAUUCAGGCUUAAAUAUGGUGCUAACACUGGUAGGUGUAUACUGCAAAGCCUGGUCCACAUUUAUGCUAGGAAAUGAUUGUAGGAACUCUUUUGCAGGCUAGGUUAUGUGGUU